AUGGUCGCAUUCCUGUGGGGCAGCUACGGCCCGGCGCUGAGGAUUGCUUACAACAUGCCGGGCGGGCCCACGCCGGUGGCGGUGGCCGCCGUCAGCGCCCUCAUCGAGCUCGUCGUGCUGAUCAGCAUUGUGCUGGCCAGGCUUGCCUCCAGAAGAGGGCAGGCAGCGGCGGCGCCGCCACUGGCAGCCCAAGCGGCAGCGCUGGGGGCACAGCUGAAGCGGGAGCCAGGCGCGGCCGGGCGGUCGUCGUGGCGCUGGCUGGCGCUGCCUGCAGCCGUGCUGGCGGGCCUGGAGAUAGGGCUGUACAACGCCUUGGCCAACUGCGCCGAGAUUGGCGCGCUGGCGCUGACCACCGCCACCCGCUCGGCAUUCCUCAUCCAGGCCUCCAUCCUGUUUGUGCCCAUCCUGUCCUCCUUUGCCGGCAUGGCGCCCAGCAGGAGUGUCUGGGUGGGCAGCGUGCUGGCGCUGGUCGGCACAGUCAUCAUCACCCAGGACCCCAGCGGCGCGGUGGUGCCGGGCGUCGCAGCCGCCGUAGCGACCGGAGGCCUGGGCCUGGCUGCUGGCGAUGUGCUGACCCUGCUGGCCGCCCUGUUUUAUUCCUUUGCCACGGUCCGCAUGCCGGUGUGGUCUGUGCGGCACGAGGUCACGCCGCUGCAGCUGGCGCUGGGCAAGUCAACCUUCUUGACAGCGGUGGCCACGACGGCAGCGGGCGUGUGCGCGGCGCGGCUGGCGGCGGCGGGCCAGCCCGUCACGGCGCUGUGGCCCGGGUGGCGGCAGCCGGCGGGCUGGGCCAUCAUGCUAUGGGCUGCGCUGGGCCCCGGCGCGCUGGCCAGCGUGCUGCACGUCCGGGGGCAGAGCAUCGUGCCGCCGGCGCCCUCGCGGAUCAUCCUGGGCGGGGUGCCCCUCUGGGCCGCCCUCAUCUCCUCCGCGGUGCUGCGGGAGGAGCGGGUGGGGCUGAUCACGUGCGUGGGCGGCGCGCUGAUUGCCGCCGCGGGGAUGACUGCAGCCAUGGCCGGCCGCGGCGCCGUCAAGGUGCCGGCGCUGGCCGCCAGCUGA